AUGUAUAAGACCAGCUACCUGCGCGAGGUGCGCAAGGAAAAGUAUGAGCGUUCAGAUGUUUUCGAAGAGGAACCCGAUGACUCUGAAUCCUCUGCUGGCAUCUCAGCCAUCCAGGGCUGGGAGAGCCUCCAGGAGCUCAACAGCCGCUUUGCCCGCUACAUCAACAGAGCCAGAGUUCUGGAGCAACGCAAUGCUGUGUUCCGCAAGCAGCUGGAGACGCUACAGCGGAUGGAAGAGGCCAGCGGGCUGGAAGAGGCCUUCACAGAGCAGAUUGAAGUCAACAGACAGCGAAUCAGAGAGCUGUUCUCUGAGCAUGCCAAGCUGGAGAGAGAGCUGAGAGAGGCUUGCCGCAUGCUGGAUGAAUUUACCAACAAAUACAGGAAUGAAUGUGAUUAUCAAGAACAGCUCCGCGGCACACUGGAACAGCUGAACAAGGAGGCUGACAGUGCUCUGCUCAGAAACCUGGAAUACCAGAUCCAAUCCCAAUUCCUGCAAGAUGACAUUAACUCAACCAGAGACCGACACAAGAAGAACCUUGCAGAGAUCCAGACCUAUGUGAACAUUUUGCAGCAAAUCAACCAGACACUUCCUCUUACUCCUAACGUGUCAGUGGGCAUGUCAGAGGAGCAGGAGAAGCUGCUGGCCCGCAGGAAAGUCCCAGAGCUGCAGAGUCAGCUGGAGGAGAUCAAGAGUGCCCUCUGUCAGCUGCAGGCUCAGAAACAUCGUCUGCAGACUGAGACUACAGUGUUGGAGCAAGCCAUCAAAAGCACACAGGAGAGUUACGACGACGAGAUCCAGAUGUACAACGAGAAGAUCGAAUCUAUGCGUAAGGAUAUCGAAGAGGCUGAGAGGUCGCUGGAGAAGUUCACAAGUGAAUGCCGCCACCUGGCAAUGUACCAGACAUCUCUUGAGAAUGAGCUGGAGAGGUACAAGAGGAUCAUUGAGAACGAGGACAACAGAUUGAAUUCAGCGAUAAUUGGCACCCCCAUUACCCUGUUCACCACUAAUUAUCGCUACACUCACACACCCACAGCCUCAAGCAGGGGGAGAGAUAUCACCCUGGCUAUCCAAGAUAUCACCAGCAUCAAGCCCCGCCAGAAGAUCCUUGCCAAGAAGGUCUUCAAGAAGAAAGAGCUGUCCCCAAAAGACAUGAUUGACAGCGGCCAGGAAGACAAAAAUGGCUCUGCCGCUGGAGAGGCCCAGGAUGAAGACACAAAGGGAAUCCCAUCAGAGGAGGUCCAGGAGGAGAGGGUGAAGACUGAUGACCACAGACCCAUUAUUACAGGAGUUUCUCCACAGGAUGUCCCAGAUGGAGCCCAGAUUAGCAAAGCCUUUGACACUCUUUGUAACAUUGUCAGAGACAGAAUGAGGAAGUACAAGAAGCCCGAGCCAAUCGCUGACUUCUACACCAAGGGUCGUUAUGUUCUCGUCACUGGUGACGGCAGCUACCCAGAUCCCUGCUUCUACACCUCCACGCCAUCAGCUGGCCGCAUCGUUGUCACAAUUAGAGACGGGAUGAUGCCUCCCUAUGACUCUUUCAGACACAGAGGACCCACUCCCCUACCUCCUCAACCAUUUGUAGGCCCAAGGCCUGUUAGUCCCAACGAUCCUUCUAAGGGCGGAGAAGGAAAGGAUGAUAACAAGGGCGGAAAGGGUAAAGACAAUGGAGGUAAAGGGAAGCAUAAGAAUGGAGAGCCUCAACCUCACUCCAGAGAUCCGAACCCAUUCCCUCAACCCUCUGGCCCAAGCAUUGACCCAAGGCCUGGCCCAAGCCCUGGUCCAUGCCCUGGCCCAAUCCCUGGCCCAAGCACUGGUCCCAAAGAUCCCAACCCAGCUGCUGAUCAACCCAAGAAAAACAAGGAUGAAAGCGGUCCAACUGGGCCCACUCCAAAGCCUGCUCCUCGAGGUGCAAGCACCAGCUCCAGCUCCAGCUCCAGCUCUAGCAGCUACACCCCUGACGCCCUGAGCUACGAGAAGGUGGAGGUUGUGGAGUCUGUGGAGAAAUUCUCUAACGGCCGCAAGGUAAAAGGUUACGAGGAGACUUCCAUGGUGGUGGAGACCAUGAUUGAGAAGUCCAGCAAGAAGAAGCAUUAAAACUACAUCACCUGGCAUGAUGAGACAGUCUAACCCACCUGGGCCCUAAGUGGUCCUGGAUAAUCCUGAUGUUGUUAUCAGGCAACAUAAAUAGAACCAUUCCUCAAACUUCUGUAAUAAGACCAAUGUUCACAUUCCUGCUCUGAAACUCAGUGCUCUUCCAUUUGCUUGCAGUCUCUGGUCUUGCGUCCAGAAUACGUUUGGCUGGUUCCAUAAGUACUGCUGUUGUUGUUCGAUCCAACAUACACACUCAUGCUACGAGUCCUUUACUGUCUGAAAACUUGGUACAAUGAAAACUGAAGCACCACCAAUAAAAUUCAUGAUAAAAGAAAUGAGAGAAGUUGUGCCACCCUUCUGCACUCUGUCUUAGAACUCCAACUUUCCCCUUUGAGCUCAUUUAUUUAAUUGGAUGCAACUGACUGCCCUCAGCACAAUUUUGCUGUGUACUAAUUUGCUUUGAUAUAUUGAGUAAUAAAAAUGAUUCAAACAUCA